UACCUCCACGCGCUAGGUGGCAACAGUCAUAUCUGGUCUAAAUUACAUCUACGCAACAAACCACAGAAGAAGCCUCGUCUCUAGGAUACAGAGGAAGCGUUCCUGGACUGACUGUCUCUCUUGCAAAUGAGAUUACCGUAAUGAGAAUAUCUUGUGGAGGAAUGGUGUUCAUCCCUCCAAUAGAGUUCCACUGACUUGGCAAGGAGCACUGAAGCUGCGCUGGGGGCUCGUGGUGGCGUGACUCCAUACUAAGACACUUCAUGUUGUGGGGAUGCUGCCGGUGGAGCAUCUUAACCUGGACCAUGUUCUGCAGACUGUGUGUGUGUUGGAGUCAGUCGUCCUCCGCAGUUUUGGCCCUGAAGGAGGGCAGGUGCUGUUCACCCGAGACACAGGACAGGCGAUGUUGAGCCGCAGUGGGACACGCAUUCUCACAGCACUACGACUGGAGCAUCCACUGGCCAGGAUGGUGGUGGAGUGUGUCUUGAAACACAGCACUAUAACAGGCGAUGGAUCCAAGACCUUUAUCCUACUGCUGGCGUCAAUAUUACGGAUGAUUCAUACAACAGCCUGCAAGGAGCCUAAUGUGUCUCACACCUAUAACUCCAGGGAAGCAGCAGAGGCUGCCACUGCCAGGCACUUGGCUGAUGAACUGCUGGCAUUUGCAUUAGAGGAGCUGGAUGAUGUCAUUGCUAUGGGAGUGGUCCCGUAUGGAUGCUGUCUUUCGUGGGAGGAUUUCACAGCAAAAACACCAUCACCAGCUCACACAAACAAUCACUGUGUUCAAAAGCUGCUGGCAUCAUUCUUUCAUUCACGUCUGGGUCGCACCCACUGUGACUUUAUUAGCGACCUCACCUGUGAACUGCUCACUCACUGGAAGUUUAAAAAUGACCUACCUUCCUUAUCACUUCAGUUUGUAAAUGACAACUUGCCUGCAUUGCAUACACCUGUAUCAGGCUUCCCUAUUAGUUGUUCACGUUUGAUUGAGGGGCAGGUAAUUCACAGGGACUUUGCUACGUCCUGCCCUCAGACUGACCACCAGCCAGUUAAAGCUGUAGUUUUCACUGGGUACCUGCAGCCAAAAUUGCUCAGUGCAGGAGAAGUGCUGGAGCUGGGAUGUGGAGAGCAAGGGAUGGAGGGGAAUUCAAAGAAGGAGAGAAGUAUUGUGCAGUUUAGUGCCUGGGCAGAAAGGUCUCUAGAGUGUGUCAUUGCAAACCUGCAGAGUUUGGGUGUCUCUGUGCUCUUUUCUGCAGUCAAACAGUCUGCUGCUGUCCUGGCUUUAGCUGUGCAGGCAGGGAUGUGCAUUGUGGAGUGUGCCAGUGAAGAUGAGCUGUCUCUCUUUGCCCAGCUAAGUGGGGCCACACCUGUCUCAGACUGCUGGAUGAUUGAACCAGAGCAUGUUGCUACACUGACCUUUUGCCGACCAAUACUGCUGGGAGCCCAUAGGUAUGUCCAUGUGGCUUUCCAUGAUUCAGCGGAAAGGGUCAUGGUCAAACCCUGUAGUCUGGUCAUUUGUGGCCCAGGGGAAGGGCAAACAGACCAGUAUGCAUGCGCGUUUCGAGAUGCCAUCCGCAUGCUACUUUCAACUUGGGAACCCAUGGGAAUGACUGCAACUACAGCAUCCAAGAGGACCUUUAAGUCAAACAAAAGCACAUCGUUACAUACAGGCAAUCAGAUCCCUAAUGCACCUCCCUUCCAGCAGUGUGUGUUGGAGCCAGGCUGUGUUAUACCUGCUGGUGGGACAUUUGAGUUUCUCUUAAACCAUGCCCUCCUACAACAUAGCCGCACAUCAGUUCCUGAUGACACAAGUAUGGGUAUCCCUGCUGUUUCCCAGCUCUUGGCAAAUGCUCUACUGAGCGUGCCCCGACAGAUUUACUCCCACAGUCUGCGAAGUUUCCUGCAGACUCAAACCAGACUCUUGUGUUUUAUUCAGAAUCAUUCCCACCCUUUCAGCCUUGUAUACACACAAGAACACAACACAAUCCUCAUACAGGGUUGGGGUAAAAAUGAAUUUCCUCUAGAGGAAAAUAAACUAAGCAUGCAUUGUUGCAGAGAGGCUGUGUCAUCCAAAGUUUUUAUAUUGGACUCGGGCCUUGAAUCUGUCUCCUGUAAAUACCAGCUGCUUCUGGCUGUGCUGCAGUGUGUCUCAAGUCUUCUUCAGGUGGACACGGUGCUGCGCACGCACACAGCUUUACACACACAGUCACGCAGACUUGCAAACAUUUCCUGGGAGGGCACAGAGGACGAGGCUGAGGACUGAGAUUGUAUUGUGUCCCAAGAUGAAAGCCAUAAACAUAUUUUCUCUCAGUACUUACUCCCAUUCAAAAGUUGGAGGAAAUAAUUUUCUCUUUAAUGCAGAUGGCCACUGCAAUUUUUGUAUUUAUUGUAUUUUAUUUUGCCUUACUGCAAUACUUCUACUGAGAUAGUAAAUUACAUUUCAUGGCAGUACUGUUGUGUGGUGCAAUUUAUAGGCCAAUAAAAUGUUACGGUGGUUCUGUACCAUCCUCUCCUGAAUCAAGGCUAGCUUUGGCAAUAACAGUAAAAAAGAAAACAUCAAACUAUUCAGUGUUAAUCUCAGUACAGAAUGUGCAGUCAUUAUCAGAUAGUUUAGUCUUUAUCUACUGUGUGUUAAUGUGAAGUAGUGUGAGUGUGGAAGUGUUGAUGUUGGCCUCUUUCCUCAAUCCUCAUCAUGGUUCCUAUUUUUUUCAACAUUUCUCUUAUCUCUGUUUCCUGGUCUCUCUUCCCUCAGCCAGUACACAUUCUGUUAUAUAAAAGACAUACACACAGAACCAUCUAACAAAAAUACAUAUCUUUUUUAUAAUCAGUGUUAUCUCCAUAGUGGGUGACGGGUGUCUGAGUGGGCAACACCCGGCUGUCAACAACCAAAUCAAAGUGUACUUCCUUGUGCUAUAAUCAGAGGAACAUUCUAUUCUCACCUCUUUUGGGGGAAAUUAUGAGUCAUUAGAAAUUAACUAGACUCACUACCAUACAUAAAUAUGUACUGUUUACUGUCAACAUUGUGACCUAGUUGCAUUGUUGUUUAUGAUGGGAUAACUCAGAAACAAAGACAGUUCUUGGCUUUGUUUGUGCUUUGAAUCAAACUCUACAUGAGUCACACUUGAUGGUCACAAAUAUCAAAGGGGAAAGCUGAGGGGAGUAUUCAGAAUGUUUUUUUUUCCACUGCGCACAUGGAAAAAACCCUGAAUGUUGUUUUCAGUCUUAUCAAGUCUCCCACGCCCUUCUAACCCUUGCAUGUCCCCUAUAUCCUACACAGCUAAAUCUAACAUGCCAAGCAGAGUCAAUUUAAUUGUGAAGAUUUGCUGAGAAUAGGCCUAAUGAAAAAUUGCAGCUCAUCUGACUGUUGCACUGUGUGUAUGUGAGUGAUUGCCAUAAUAUAAUAGCCUCAGAGUCGACUCAGUUAGUUUGGUUUAUUUGGCUUUUUUUUUGUCUCAAACAGUGCAUAUGGUACAAAUCAACCCAAUCUCUGUAAAAUGAAACGGACAUUAGAAAAUACACCAUCAAACCGCAUCUACCAAACAACCACCUAAAUGUAUAAAUCUUUUACAAAUAAAAAAAAAGAAAAGACAUUUACAAAAUGUGACAAAAAAAUUAAAGAUGUUUUUAGAAAGGGUAAGUUAGGACAUGGAGAAAGAAAGGUAAGGAACAAAUAGAGGAACUGAAAUGCUACUCUGAUACCAAGCUGGAACAAACCACAGGCACCACAGUUCACAGCUCGGCAUUCAACUGGCUACUAGUCGCCAUGGCUUGACUUCAGUGUUGUAAGAAAAAGGAAUUAUAGAAUUUCAUUGGCUACUGCUGUAUUGUGCUGAAGUAGUGGUGGUUGCCUUUUUAUGGCCCAGGUCCAUGACUCGUCUUGCCAGUAGGUGACUCCAAGUGAGAAAUGUGAUCAGUAUACAAUAUGAUCUUUUGUUUAGAUAAUUAGCAGUUCACAAACACUAAUUUCAAUCAAAUGACCACUAAAUUACACAUUUCUGUACUAUAUUGCCACUGAAGCACAGAGCACACCCAUUCUAUAGUUGGGCCAAAUAACCACAUUGCAUCUAUAUAGUCCAGGAAGGUGGGCCCAAGUGUCACCAGCACAGUUAGAACUGACGUAUAAUGUAAUAAUCAGAAAUACCUACACCCAGCCUGGCUUAGGUUAUCCCCCUUGAACAAGCAGUGUUUCUAUUGGCAGUGGAGAAUCGAAUGACAUCAUGCAACAUUAACAAGGACUUCAGUGUGUGAUGGUGGGUGUCACACCACCUCCCGAGACUUCCUGAUGGCGCAGCACAGGAGCAUGCUAAAGAUCAUCCCAAAGAUC